CUAGGACGUGCGUAACGCUGAUUGCAAUUACUGCAUACUUGUUUUACGCGUCUGUUCGUUGUUGACGAGACGAUGGUAUUUCUAAAGAAAAUCUGUGUAUUUUUCUUGUUCUUCACGUGGAUUGAGGCAGCGUGGGGAGAUGUGAGCUACACCUUACCAGAGGAAACCAAACAAGGAUGGGUUAUUGGAAAUAUAGCAAAAGACCUGGGUCUGAAGAGCGGCGUAUUAAGCCACAGAAAAGCCCGCAUUGACACCGAGGGGACGGAGAAGCGCUACUUUGACGUAAACGUGGACAACGGAAACCUGGUUGUUGCAGACAGAAUUGACCGAGAGGAGCUUUGUGGUGAAAGGGCGUCGUGUGUCGUUAAACGGGAGCUUGUUCUGGAGAGUCCUCUGGAGCUGCACCGAAUUAGCGUUCACGUCCAAGAUAUUAAUGACAACGCACCGAAAUUUAACGAAGAGGUUAUUAGUCUUGAGAUAAGUGAAUCUGCAAUCAGGGGGGCUCGUUUUCUGAUAGAGGAGGCGCACGAUGAGGAUGUGGGGCAGAAUUCUAUUCAACAAUACAGUUUAAACAAAAACGAGAACUUUGUUUUAAUAAUAUCUGGAAAUACCAUCGAGCUGGUGCUGGAUAAAGAAUUAGAUCGUGAAAAACAACAGGAAAUAGAUUUGAUUUUGACAGCUUUUGAUGGCGGGUCUCCACAGAGAUCAGGGACCGUGGCCAUACACGUCACUGUAUUGGACGCUAAUGAUAACGCCCCUGUGUUCAGCCAGGCCGUGUAUAAAGCCAGUCUGCCUGAAAACUCCCCACUAGACACUGUAGUGCUGACUGUUAGUGCGACUGAUGCAGAUGAAGGUGUCAAUGGUGACGUGAGUUAUGAUUUUGGGCGUGUUACUGAAGAUGUGAAAAAGACUUUCAGUUUAAAUCCAAAAACAGGGGAAAUAAGAGUUAUUGGCAACAUUGACUUUGAAGCCACAGCCUCUUUUGAAAUACGUGUUAAAGCAAAAGAUGGAUUAGGAUUGUCAUCUCAUGGAAAAGUCAUAAUUUCUGUCACAGAUGUCAAUGACAAUGCUCCUGUGGUCAGUUUAAAAUCCCUGUCAGAUACAAUGGCAGAAAAUACCCCUCCUGGUACAGAGGUGGGCAUCAUUAAUGUGCAGGACAGAGACUCAGAGAACAACAGACAGGUCCGCUGCUCCCUUCAGACUGGGGUCCCUUUCAAGUUAGUACCUUCCAUAAAAAGCUAUUAUUCUCUAGUGACCACAGAACAGCUGGACCGUGAGCUAGUGUCUGAUUACAACAUUACAAUCACUGCCACUGACGAGGGCUCUCCUCCUCUGUCCUCCUCUAAAACUGUCCACUUAACUGUAGCUGACAUCAAUGACAACCCUCCUGUGUUUGAGGAGCAGUCCUACAGCGCACAUGUGACUGAAAAUAACAAACCUGGCUCCACUUUAUGUUCUAUUGCUGCUCGAGACCCAGAUUGGAGACAAAACGGGACAGUGGUUUAUUCUCUGUUACCUGGUGAGGUGAAUGGGGCCCCAGUGUCCUCCUAUGUAUCUGUUAAUGGAGACACAGGGGUGAUCCAUGCUGUGAGGGCUUUUGAUUAUGAACAGUUCAGGAGUUUUAAAGUCCAUGUGAUGGCCAGAGACAAUGGCUCUCCUCCACUCAGCAGCAACACGACAGUCAAUGUGUUUAUAUCUGACGUGAACGACAACUCUCCCCAAAUACUGUACCCCACCCCGGAGGGGAACUCCUUCAUGACUGAACUGGUCCCUAAAGCUGCACAUGCAGGCUCUCUGGUGUCCAAAGUGAUAGCAGUGGACGCAGACUCUGGACAGAACGCCUGGCUGUCCUAUCACAUAGUCAAAUCCACUGAUCCGGGACUUUUUACUAUCUGUCUCCACAGUGGAGAGAUCCGGAGCCAGCGGGACGUCUCUGAAUCUGACAGCAUGAAACAGAACCUUAUUGUGUCAGUGAAGGAUAACGGACAGCCUCCUCUCUCUGCCACCUGCUCCAUGUAUUUACUGAUCUCUGAUAACUUGGCUGAAGUGCCUGAACUCAAGGACAUUUCUUAUGAUGAGAGGGACUCAAAGCUGACAUCCUAUCUGAUCAUUGCACUGGUGUCAGUGUCCACAUUUUUCCUCACCUUCAUUAUUAUUGUCCUGGGUGUGAGGUUCUGUCGCAGGAGGAAGCCCAGACUGUUGUUUGAUGGAGCAGUUGCAAUCCCCAGUGGUUAUCUGCCUCCUAAUUAUGCAGAUGUUGACGGCACAGGAACUUUACGCAGCACUUACAACUAUGAUGGAUACAUGACGACUGGAUCCAGGACAAGUGACUUUAAGUUUGUGUCGUCCUACAAUGACAACACGCUGCCUGCAGAUCAGACACUGAGAAAAAGCCCCACUGACUUUUCUGACGUCUUUGGAGAUUUAGAAGAAUGCUCAGAGGUAUGCAACUGCAAUUAA